AUGGAGAGGGUCCGACGGGUCCGCCAAUUGAUAUGCGAGCUGAAUGAGGCUCCCGAACCAGCCGCUUCAAAGCCGCUGCACGAAGUUCUGGCAGAGAACCGGACAAAACAAGACGAAGAGUUCCAAUUACGCUAUCAGCAGCGAAACGCCUUUCAUGCCCUGAGUGCGACAGAUUCACAAUGGCUGAAAAAGGUCAAGGAAAAGGCCAAUUCCAAAGAGGCUGAACUAGAACGUCAAAUAGCCCAGGGCCUUAAAUCAAAGCCUAAAACAACCAAAGAAUCAACGCCAAUUGCCUUGCCCAGUGGCCGGGUUAAGAAAAAGAAGAGUAGCCUUAUCAAGUAG